AUGCCCAAACAGGACUUCCUGUUCACGGACUACAUGGGGCCGGUCGUCGCCGCCGUCAUUUUCGCGAUAUGCUUGUUGGUGGUCUCGUUUUUGUUGUUGAACUAUUGUUUUGUCCUCAAGACCGAUGAGUUGACAGUUUUCGAGAGGGUAAGCGAUGUUGAAUAAAAAGAAUUCGCAUAUCUUUUGCCAUUAUUUUUAACAUAUAAAGCGGGAGAUAAAAGAUUUUCUGAAAAAUUUUUGAAAUUUUUCUGUUUUUACUUUUUUUUUUAAAAAAAAAGUAAAUUUUCAGUUUACUUCAAGGAAAAUGCAAAAAAAAGUCAAUUUUGUUUCUGGCUUUCCGACUUCAAGGUCGGGAGUAGGACCGGAUCUUACUCCCCGCUCGGAGUCGCCGAAAGUCAGAGCUUGUUUUUACUUUAUUCCUCUUUUUGGCCCCGCACUGCAGGUUGCAAGGUUGAUGCCAAGUCUUUCCCUGAUGUGUCAAGUUUUUCUCUUCCGAAAAAAUUAUUUUUACGUUUGUGCGAUGUUGUGAAGCUAUGUUCUCCACGAAGAUGGGAUGGAAAGUGAUCAAGUAAGUUAGCAUUGGCAAGAGAUGUACGUUUUUCAUUUGACAUCAAAAAUUUCCAUUUUAUUUCAGAGAAAGGUACAAAAUUUUUCCAAUUCGUAAAGCUUCAUGACCAUGGAUAAUGUAAGUGAGAUUAUCUCCUUUUUUGCUACGACGUCAAGAUUCUAAGUCGGGAAACGUUUAGAGGAGACCCCACUCUCAUGUAUAUUCUCCAUGUAUGAAACCCCAUAAAUUUUGAGGAAUAACGACGUAAAAGUUUCAAAUACUAUACUAACUUUCCAAAAGUAUGUUAUACUAAAGUAAAACCUAUGCAAACUAUCUUCAAGUUAUUGUAACAACGUUAUUUGAGCCUUAUUACGUUAUUACCUCAGUUUAGAACGCAUUCGUGGCAAAAAUCCGGCAGAUCUGAGCGGAUUUCGAUAUUGUACAUGACACCUAGAAAUCGAAAUUGGUGGCGUUUGAUAGAUAGAGUAUAUAACAAAACUAAAGUGAGGUGUCCUCUAGAACUCGCCAGCCUAGAACUGUUAACUCCAAUAACGGAACAAAAAACGCGAUAAGCGCACUUACAUUAUCCAUGGUCAUGAAGCUUUACGAAUUGGAAAAAUUUGUACCUUUCUCUGAAAUAAAAGGAAAAUUUUUGGUGUCAAAUGAAAAAAGUACAUCUCCUCUUGCUAAUGCUAACUUACUUGAUCACUUUUCAGCCCAUCUUCGUGGAGAAAAUAGGUUCACAACUUCAAAAAAAUCAAAACGUUUCUUCCGGGAGAGAGAAAUUUGACACAUCUGGAAUUCCCGGGCGCAGCUCGCAAAAAUAGUUUUGAAGAAAAUAAAUUGGCGUGCAGGUGAGUAAAAACGGCAUCCUACUCACCAGCCAAAAUGGGCGAGCCAUUUUUGUUUCAACUUUGCGGAUCGACCUUUUGGCGAGCCAUUUUUGAUCCAACUUUCCAAAAAUUUGUCGUUCGGAGUAAGAAUGUUUUUUGACUCUCCGAAAUCGAAAAUUUCCGGAAAUUUUUCAAAAUUUACUUUUUUUUUAAAAAAAAAGUAAAAACAGAAAAAUUUCAAAAAUUUUUCAGAAAAUCUUUUAUCUCCCGCUUUAUAUUUUCCUUUGAAUUAACAUGUUUUAGUUUGGCAGUAAACACAAUGUCCGUCUUGGUCCCCAUAGCCUUGACUCGAUUAAAAGAAGGAGCCAACGACGUCUUACUGAAGACGAGGGUUGUCCGAUAGUCACGGAGAAUACGAAGGUCCCCAUUCCUCAGGUCCAGGUCGAUGCGGCUUCCACGUCAUGA